UGUGUGACGCUUGGUAUUCAAACAAUUCUCAAGAAUUUUUUAUGAGUUUGCGUUGAAUAUUACAAUUUCAAAACAAUAACAGUAAAAAUCAUCAAAUGCGGAUCAUUUUAAUUUUCACUCUUCUUGUCAUCAUUGGGAUUUGUGGAGAAGAAAAUCAUGACGAGUCAAACUUAGAUUUGUACUUUGUGGCUAGGAAAAAGGAACCAGCUCCUGCAUUGGUACUUGCCUACAACAAACUAGCAAUUAUCACCCGAGUCACCAACGCCAUUGUUCUGCAAGCUGAAGGAAUACGAAAACUGGUCAAGGUACGAGAUGUAGUUGCUGAGCUUAUAAGAUCUCCGAACGCCAGCUUCUAUGAUUUAAUGGACGUUGAUCCAACGAAUAUAUUCCCAGUGCUCAAUGAGAUUAUUGAGGCGAGUAAAGAAAUGUCGCAAAAUGUGGAUAGCAAGGAAAUGCAGGAAUUGAAUAGUAAAACAGAAAUGGUUGAACUAAUGAUACACAGUAUUAAACAUGUCAAGACAAGAAAAAUCAACGAGAAAGUGAUCACUGAUUUCUUCGACAGAUUCAAAAAUGGUUCACUCGAUGAAAUUUUUAUCCCAUGUGAUACUACCCUAUUGGAUUUAGUUAUCAAUUUCACCACCAUUGCCAACAAAGCUGACUAUCCUAAUUCUUUCAAGCCAACCGAUGUAAUCACUCAGUUGAAUUCGAGCAGUGAGAAUAUUACGGAAUGUCUCAAGCAUCUAGAGCUCUACAAUCAAUCCGUGUCCAGUUUAACAACUGAUUUUGAAAUGUUUCUUCGAUUGGGAGAAGGUAGUGAUUUGUUCGAAAAAUUCCGUUCAAUUAGAGAAGAAGCUGUUAGUUUUCUGAGCACUAUGGAUCUCAUUGAGAAGGUUUUUCUCAAAACUAAGAAGUUCUGGAGUAUCAAACGAACAAAUGAAGUUGGUAGACAAAUUAAGACGAUUUUUGGCAUUAUUCAUGAUAUCUUGAAUCCAAAGUCUGAACUUAAACUUUCUUUGACACUUGGAUUCCCUAAUAUUGGGGAUAUUGCAAAAGUUUCAGAAGAUUUAAAAAGUUCGUGGUUCAAAUCUAAAGUUGCUCACGGUAAGAGUGUAGGUGAGCUUGAAGCUGGACUCGAUGAUUUUUUCAAAUUCGGAAAAAUGAUCAAAGAAACAGAGCGAAGUUGGGUUGCAGUUCGUCAAAACUUCACAAAUUCCAAGAAAACUCUUCUUCAGUUUACAACUGAUUUGGAAAAAAUUGGAAAUUACAAGGGAGGCGAUAAAGAUGCUGAAGAAUUGAAGAAUUUGAAGAGAGUUUUUCAACAACAAGACUGGACCGAAACGUUUGGCAAAAACUUCAUCAAAAACGCGGAUAAAUUGCUAGAGGUGAAAGGAAAGCUUGAGAUUAUGAACAAUGUAAUGAAAUCUUUGCAUGUAGUCAGAAGAAAUGCCGAAGAAAUUCCAAAAUCAAUUGAUACUGCAGCGCUACAAAGUUUAUUUACUCAAUUAAAAGCUAUGCCUUCACAAUCUGAUGAUUCAGAAAGUAUAAAAGCUAUUGAAAAACUCAAUAAUUUGAAGUCUCUAUUAGAACUUGGCGAUAAGUUUAGAAUGCUUCAUACUUCACAGAAGAAUCUUAACGAACGUGUUACUCAGUUGAAAAAUAUUUCAGAUUUUCAAAAAUCUGUUCACACGGCCAAAGACAUUCUGGUAAAAUCAUCUCUGGCUAAAAACAUAAUCGGAAUCAUGCAUUCAGAUUUCAACAAGCUUCUUGAAGUGCACAAGUUCUCCAAACGUUUCUACGAGUUUACAAAUUAUUUUAAAAAUAAUAAACCAAAGGUGUUCCUAGAAUGUGUUUCGAGGCUGAGAAAAACUGCAAUUGAUGGGGAGAACUUUGUGAAAGAUAUUCAAAAAACUUACAAGAAAAGUCACAAAACUCUGGAAUCAGAUUCGAGUCCUGUUCUGAAACUCGAGGAUCCUCAGAAAGUUGUACUAACCUUGGGUCGAGGAAUGUUCGUUUUGAAGGAAAUGACAGAAGCAUUGACAUACCGUUUACGUUUAAUGGCAGUCUUAAACUAUACAAGAGUUCAUGAAAAAGUUGUGAAGUAUAACAAAGACUUGAAUGUUCAACAGUUCUUCGAAAAUCCAACAACACCAAUAAAAACUCUUAUCAUGGACCUUCAAGGUCUCAACAAGUAUGCCGUUCAAGUCAAAAAUGAUGAUCUCCUUGUAUUGAAAAAUAUUCUUGAUGAAGCAACAAAAGUCAACGGAUUCAGAGAAGUUUUCAAGCCAGCUUAUAAGCAAUUACUCAAAACUCCAAAACUGUUUCCAAAAGAAAUAAGGAACAUUGAAAAAUUGAGUAAAUUGGAUUUACAUUUUGCUGCGCAAAAAGGACAUUUGCAUGCUGCAUCAUUGUCAUUCAAUGAUCUUGAAACAUAUUUCGAUACGAUUUUUGGGUUGGAUCAUAAACACGAGGAAGCUGAAGUUCAAACUGACUAUUUACCUGCUAUCGGGCUUUGUAUCGGGAUCUUUAUCAUUUUAUUCAUAGUUGUUUUCGUUGUUUAUGGACGAACACCUUCCGGACGGCAAAACUUUAUAAACUGGUACCUUUACUAUUUUGGAAAGGAAGCCGAUUUUCAAAAGAGAUGGAGAUAUUCGUUUUUCACGGACCGGCAAGAUGGAAACAAUGCACUUGUGGAUGCUGCUCAAGACAUUAAUGCGACAAAUGUGCUGAAAGCUGUGAAAAAGGGCGCAUACAUCGAUGUUUACAGCAAAUAUGGAAAUACUCCUCUUCACGUGGCAUCUAAAAGUGGAUACCCUGAAAUUGUGGAGAUUCUCAUCAAGAAUGGUGCGGACCGAACACUCCUGAAUGCACAGAAUAAGACGGCUGAGCAGUUGAUUCCUCCGAAUUAUAAGACAACGGAUCCCGAAAGCAUUGAACGAUACGAAAAGAUUAAGCUGAUUUUUAAGAAAUAUCAGAAAAAAAAGUUUCGUCGUCGUCUCCCAGAUGUGUUUCCAGUCAGUUCAUAUAAGAUUUACAUUGACGAACAAGCAAUUGAUCAGAUGUCGAAUUCAUUUAUGGAGCGUUUUAUUGCAAUUACUACCGAUGAAACAUCCUUAUCGAUCACACAUUUCAUUGUUAAAACUGAUGAGAACGGAACACUGGUCACUGAUGCCUUUCAGCUACUCUCUUGGGUUUUGAGUGGAGUUCUGAUAAUGAAAAAUUCAUGGAUGAAGGAUUGUCUGGGGAAUGAGAGUCUGAUCAAGAAGGAUUAUAAUUAUUUUGUGGAAAAUAUCAAAUUCAAGGGUGCAGUGUAUAAUACUGUACUCCAAUGGUCAGAAUCGUUUGCCAAAGGGGAAAUGCUUUUUCUUCACGGAGUUUAUGCUGUUGUUGUUUCGAUUGAUUGUUCAAACAUCGGAGCUAUUACCGCAAUCGUGACAAAUAAUGGUGGUGUGAUGUGUGAAAAGUUUCCAGAAAAGAAGAAUUUCAACAUUGGAAGUCAUCCGUAUCUUCAUGCUCAUCUCGGACCUUUGUUUGUGAUUCACGAUGGAAAAGUUGACCUGAAAACUUAUAAAAAUGAUCCGGAUAAGAUGUACACAUUGUUCACGGAAGAUGAAUUCAUUCAUUUUAUGCUUAAAAGAAAGAUGAACCGAAAUAAGAGCCCUAAUCCAAUUCCUGCCGUUAAUGAUUUGGAAGAUUGAUUUGUUCAGGAAAUAAAGAAUAUUAGCUGAUAACUUUUGUGUAGACCAAUAAUUAAAGGGGCAUCGCGGUGUAGAGCAAUAAGCGUUUUAAUCCAAUAAAAUGUCUAACGAAAUACAAAUAAAAAACUUUAUAUUUAUUCAACUAUU